AUGGCAGGCCAACUAUAUGCGCGGUAUGUACCGCCAGUUGCCACUGCUCCCGUCGCGAAGCUUGCCUCCGACGACUUGGCGACUCAAUCCAGUGCGACUCCUACGUCAAUCAAGAAAGCAAAGGACAAGCGCAAGGCAAAUGACACUAAAGCGAAGCCUUCGCUGAAAGAUGAGGGCCGCGACCCUAUGCAGGACGAGCAUCUGCAUACCAAAAGGAAAAAGCGAGCGAGGGAAGCUGAAGACGGGAAAGAUGCGACGCGGAAACGACUUAAGCAUCCCGUUGCUGAAGCACCGAACGAGCAGCAAGACAUAUCUCGCAGUGACAAAUUUAAGGCUGUGUUCUCCAAGUUUGAGCGCUCCUCUAGAAUUACGGAGGCCGUUCGUGGCAGUGGGAGAGUCGAAAUUGCGACCGAAGCGCAUACGAGUGCGACUGAGCCACCAGUAGAACUUCUAGAUCUAGGGCCCAUCCCUCAGCCCGAGCAGCCUCCAGAGGUGGAGGCCAAACCGACCUUCUCAGCACUGCCUUCUUGGUUGGCUGACCCAAUCAAGAUCUCGUCAUCCGCCAGAACUACGUUUUCAGAUUUACAUCUAGACGAUCAUACAGUGAAACAUCUUGGAAAGCUUGGCUAUGAUGAAGCCUUCGCGGUACAGGCUGGAUUGAUACCACUCAUCUCACCGGGAAAAGACAAGCAUAUGGGUGAUAUCUGUGUGUCUGCAGCUACAGGUUCGGGCAAGACGCUUGCGUAUAUGCUCCCAAUGGUAGAGAGCCUGAAACAUAGCUUGGUCACCAAGCUUCGUGGUUUAGUGAUUGUUCCUACAAGAGAGUUGGUGACGCAAGCUCAAAAGGUUGCCGAAGAUUGCGCCGCAAAAACGGGGCUCAAGAUUGGAACUGCUGUAGGCAAUCAGGUUCUUCAUGAUGAACAGAGGUCUCUUGUUCGCAAGAGAAGGCGAUAUGACCCAGACGCAGCCAAAAUACUGAACGAUAAAGCUCUCCAAGUGCUGAAAUCGGGCUCUCUCGAGGAGGACGAGCUUCUCGAAGAUUGUCGAGAUAUGCUCCCCGGUCACGUCCCAAUAUAUGAGUCCAACGUUGAUAUCCUGAUAUGUACCCCUGGGCGACUCGUUGACCAUAUACGCUCCACCAGGGGCUUUCACCUAUACGAUUUGAAAUGGCUCGUUAUUGACGAAGCAGACCGUCUGCUAGAUCAAAGUUUUCAAGACUGGACAGAGGUCUUGAUGUCUCAGCUGGAUGCACAGAAGCCUGAAGGAUUACUCAGUGCGUACGAGCGCAUGCUUGCUACCCUGGAUCGCCCAAAGGCGCGAAAGGAUCUGACAAAAAUCAUUCUGAGUGCCACGAUGACUAAAGACCUAGCUAAAUUGAGCGCACUCAGGCUUUCUAGGCCAAGGCUGCUGGUUGUCGGCGAAGAAAAAGGUGGAAAGGGUGGCACCGAGCAGAUUCUGACUGACAACGAAACUUUCGAUCUGCCUAAAACACUCACCGAGUAUGCUCUUUCGGUGGGGGAUGGGUCCAAAAAGCCCCUCUAUCUGCUACACCUUCUCUCGAACAACGUCUUCGUUGACUCACCUGCAGAAGAUCAGGCCGAGGCUAGUCAGAAAAAACCUACAUCCAAGCUACCCAAGGACUCUGCAGACUCUAGUAGCGAUGAGGACUCUUCGAGCCACGAAGCAGAAGACUCUUCGGGAAGUGACUCGGACGCAAAGAUCAAUCAGCAUACGGCUCCCCCAGAAGAUCCCAUCGCGCAGGAAGCUAGAAGUCGACCACGAUUGAUUAUCUUUACAAAUAACAACGAAAAUGCUUCUCGACUAGCCCACGUACUGGGAGCACUCGAUAGCAAAUUUGCCGCAAUGACGGGAGUUUUAACCAAGUCGUCCACGACGACAGUUGGAAAGAAGGUUCUUCGAGAGUUUAGCAACGGGAAGAAAUCGAUUCUCAUAGCAUCUGAUCGGGCAUCGAGAGGUCUUGAUGUUCCUAAUGUGACACAUAUCAUCAAUUACGACAUACCUCGGAGUGUCGUCAGCUAUGUCCACCGCAUCGGACGCACAGCAAGAGCUGAACGUUCAGGUGAGGCAUGUACGCUGUUCACUAGGACAGAAGCCCGAUGGUUCUGGCAUGAGAUUGCAAAAGGAAGUCAGAUCCGACGAGUCGAUAAGAGGAAGGUGAUCAGGAUUUCAAUCAACCUAGCAGAGCAUGUUAGCGACGAAAUGAAGAGUAAAUAUGUUGCUGCUUUGGAAGGUCUGCGAGAGGCUGUCGAGGAUAGGAAGGAUGUGCCAACAUCAUGA